AUGGUAACCCGCCCCGCAGGCUUCUUUUCUCUCGCCAUCACCCUUUGCAUCCUGCUGGGAGAAGGUAUGGGCCGUCCUCCCCUUGAGUCCCUCCUAGCCACAACCAGCAGCAGGCACCCCAGGACAAAGAGAUGUUCUUGCAACAGCUGGCAGGACAAGGAGUGCAUUUACUUCUGUCACCUGGAUAUUAUCUGGGUCAACACCCCAGGACAAACUGCUCCCUAUGGCUUGGGAAGCCCACCAAGGCGUCGCAAGAGAUCACUGAACAGGUGUGAGUGCUCGCACUCCAAGGACAGCAUCUGUGCUACCUUCUGCCAGGCAAAGCCUUGGUAUCUUGGGAACCUUAAGCUCCCACCGAGCCGUGGCGUAUAG